AUGAGCUCGGACCACUCGCGACCGUCAAUAUCGCAUCCCCUUGCUCGGCAUCGCUCUCAUGGUCCGCCCAUACCGGAAGUAGCGCAUCUCAGCUCUCCUCCGCCCCGCCCAACAUCACCACCUCCUCGUGGAUAUCGAAACAAGCCGUCCAUCUUUGCCCUGAUGAGACGGUCUGCCGGUACUCUAGACUCGGUCUACUCGGCGGCAGACACGGAUGAGGGGAUAUCAGAAACGGCUGGAAAGGAGAAGGGUAAGGGCAAGGAUAGAUGGAGCAAACGAGCGAGCAGGAAAGCCCCGCCACCACCGCCAAGGGAGAGAGGGGAAUCAGAGGAGCUGGAUUGGGAGCGGAUCAAGACACUCCCCAGGGUCAGACUAGUACCUCCAGAGGACGAAGGUGAACCCGUUAUGCUUUACCCCAUUCCCCAUCCAUCUUCCCUGGUACCUCCACGGGUCCGACCACAAUCGCCCCCUUCGCUCCUCGCUGCGACAGUCGCCGCGACCCUCGUCAUCACAGACCCGACCGAGAUCUCACCACCCACUUCUCGUAGUCCACCGGUCUCACCGCCAAGGGGAGUCGCCAUGAACUCGCUAGCACACGCCACCUUUGUGUCGCAGGAGCACGGUCACUGGAUCGGCAUGUCGGACAAGUUCAUGCUUCCCCCGCCAGUUUUCACCCGAGGUCCCGCCGCAUCCGGUCGACCGGCGGCUACGAGAGGAAUCAUCAUGCCCAAGACCAGGCGGCAGCUCGAGGCGGAUAUCGGGAAGCGGAUGAGCAAGGUGGAGCAGCGGAAGCGAGACAGUCUGGAGCUGGAACGGUUCACUCUCUUACUGCCGCUGGAGGAGGCAGCGCAGAGUCCGCCAAAUGUCAUGAUGCCGCCUGUCUCUGAAAGAGAGGGCGGAAGGGCGGAAGAAGAGGAUGAGGAUCUGCCCCUGGCUGUCGUCCGGGACAGGUCUCGACCAUCGUCACCACCACACCGGCGGAUGUUCGAACCGAUGAUGGCUAUACACACGGUCGCGCCUUUCGACCUGGAAAUAUCGCAUGAGGCCGAGACGAGCCCGGAAGCUGUCCUCGGGCCAGCCUUCGAGCUAAAGCCACUACCGUCGAGAAUAACCAGCCGAGCGGACUCGUACUCCGCUUCGCCCCCUCCACCCCUGGUGGUGCACUACCAGCCGCCCCCUGCACAUCCUCUCGGCCUUCCCACACCCCCUCCUCCACCUCCACAAGCGGCCAUCAGCCAUCCCGUACCUCCCGUGACCCGUCCAAAACGGUCCAAAUCGCUCACCGCGGUCCUGUCGCGCUCGUCAUCGGACGAUGGGCCUUCCACCUCAUCCGCAGCUCCACCUCCCAUGCCACCGCUCAAACGGCAAAAGUCACUCAAAAAGCUCUUCUUCUCGUCAAAUGAAGCUGCUCCGCCCAUGCCCAGCGCACCGGACCUGCCAGCGAGCCCGCGGAACGUCAAGCGGGGCUCGGUCGACUUCCGGCAGGAGGUACCGGAGGCAAGCACGUCGAAGAAGGGGAAGCUGUCUCGUGCCAAGUCCAAGCCGUCCCUCCGGAUCGAGGUCAAACCUGCGCCAUUCGCCGGACUCGAAGGCGGAUCCAGCACUCCUGCUCUCGGCACCGCGUCCAGCUCAGGCUAUAGCGAGGCGUAUCCCACUACGCCCAGCUCCAUCGCUCAGCCGCCAAAGGGCCCACAGUCGGCGGGCGGUAUCCGCGGCUUGUCCAAGCGGUUCUCGUUGAGCAAUAUGAGCGGGGCGUUCCGGAAGAAGUCGUCUAUAUCGGGGAUGAUACCCCUGCCUUCCGAGGCGGAGGUGCCGAUGGUACCGCAGCUGCCGGCGGUGUAUCGGAAGACCCCUGCCGUUGAAAGCAAGGGGAAGGGGAAGCAGAGGGAGGUGGAAGAGGAGGAUACAGUGGCGGUGGCAGAGUAUGAGAGACAAAGGCGUCGGUCAUUCGAGCUGCCAAGGGAACCCGUCUCUGUCCCCAUGGCGGGCGUCGAGGAGCAGAGCGAGGCGGACUCUGCCGACGAGUACGAAUUUGAGCUUCCGCUGGCAGGACCAUCCCGCGCUUCCUCAGACAUCGGCCAUUCGGACACGGUCACCAACCUCCUCGGUCUGUCCACCCUCGGUACGGAGCCGUUCGACAUCCUCGACUCGGACUAUGAGUUCCCACCCACCUGUCCUGCCCCUCCACCAUCAUCCGACGGAGGUGCACACGACUCAUAUGCUCCCCACUCGUCCAGCUCGGCCGCAGAUCCGGACACCAUCGAGGCACAAACCUUGGCGCCACAUGACAAACGGCGGGACUCCGAGGCAUCCUCCAUAUCCAGCUGCGGCUCGCUCGACGACGACGAGCAACCGUCUAUCGUCCAUGCCCAACUCAUGCAUGUGUCGCCCACUACAAGACGGAAUCCAGGUGUAUCGCUACAGGAGUUCCUGGGGAUGGCACCUCUUCCCCAGACGGGCGUGCUCAUUGCAACACCCAAGGUCCGCAGGCGGUCCGUUGAGGGGGUCAUCAUGGGUCCCCUCCUUAUUCCCGACACGCCGACGACGCCAACGGAGGUGAAGGGGGCUACGGCGGAGAAGGCGGAGGAGGUCAAGGCGAAGGCUGAGAAGGUCAAGCGGCCAGCAUCGGGAAGUCCGCUCGUCAUCGAUCUGCGUGGCCAGUAUCUUCGGGGUAUCGGUCCUUCCGGCUCGCGAGGCGCCCAACAGCUUCUCCAGCAGAGUGCUCCGGUGUCGCCAUCAACCCCUUUGUCGGCAGGAACCAUCUUGCCUGCGACCUCACCGCUAUCAGCGCUGUCGGUGCUGGCGCCUCCAGCCCCUAUACACUCCCCUCCCCCUGUCGCCGUCAUACCCGUCGAGCCAGCCCAGGAGGCAGUACCGGAAGACACGGACGACUCGCAUUCCGAGGCGUCCUCGUCCGACCAGGAGAAGGAGGGCGUGCCUGCCACUCCGCUGUACGAGGAGCCAGAGCACGAUCUGUCGGGAGGGGCGCCGCGGGAGCCGGUCAUCCAGGACCCCGAGGAACACCCCGGGGACACCAGCCUCUCCAGCUCGGUCGACAGCGGGCUCGUCAUCGUCGAGACCCCUCUUCCCCCAUCUCCUACCCUGGUCCCUGUCGAUAUGUCGGGCCGGAACAAUGGCGCCUCGUCCAGAGCCUCGACACCCAGGUCCCGCUUCACCACGCCGGAAGCGCUCCUCCGGCUCCUCACUUCCCCCUUGGGCUCGUCCCGCCUCUCCAGGACCAGCGCCACUCCUGGGUCGAACGCCUCGGGCAAGAGCAAGAAGUCUCUCACACCAUCUGCUAUCCCAAUAUCGGCGGAGCUGGAGGGGCUGCCAAUACCAAGGCAAGGAGGCGGCGAGGUGAACUGGUCGGCGUUGUUGGCGGGGACGCAGUUGGGGAGUCUGCACUUUGAUGAUUUGGGGCUGGACCUGAGCUUUGGGGAUGCGGAUGCGGAGGGGAUCGCUGUAGCUAUCUGA